AAAAAGAUCUGGAGGAGAGCGACGAUGAAGACGACGACGGGUCGGCCCUGCAAGGCGAGCCGGGCUGCGAUGUCAUCGAAAGCGGCGAGGUGGGGGUCCUGUUCCUGAACCGGCUCAAAGCUGCCUCCGACCCGGGCGAGAGGACCGACUUCCCCAACUUCCGCGGCCUGAUGUGGCGAGCCAUGACCCAGUUCCCCGAGCGGGUGGAGCCCCGCAGCCGAGAGCUGAGCCCGCUGCUGCUGCGCUUCGUCAGGAAUGAGUUUUACUCUGCUGACACGUUGGUGGCUCCGACUCAAGACCUGAGGAAGCAAAGAGACGCUGGUCAGGAGGAGAUGGAGGAGAAUCAUCAUCAGGAGGAGGAAGAGGAGGGGGAGGAAAAGGAGACUGAACAGCGGAGGAARGCWCUUCCAAGGAGACUUGCUGCAAAACAGCUAAUCACUCACCUGAAUGUGUUCGCCAAGUUCACCAACCCUCGUUCUGCGUACCUGGAGAGCAGCCUGAGUGAGCUCUACCACCAGUUGUUGUGUCAUCAGGAUCAGCAGAUCCAGAAGGUGGCCCUGGAGUGUAUUCUGGCCUACAAAGACCCCAACAUCGURCCGUACAAGGAGAAUCUGGAGAGGCUGCUGGAGGACAAACACUUCAAAGAGGAGAUUGUUCAUUUCAACAUCUCUGAGGAGACGGGGGUGGUUGAUCCUUCCCACAGAGGCAGACUGAUCCCUCUGCUCAUGAGGGUCCUGUUUGGCCGACUCCAAAGUAAAGCCGGCAGUAAGUUCCAGGGGAAGGCGAGCGCCGCCAGCCGCUCCUCCAUCAUCCUGCGCUUCCUGGCCGGCUGCCAAACGGAGGAGCUGGGCGAGUUCAUCGACCUGCUGCUAGAGCCCCUCUGCCACUACAGCCAGG